AUGCAAACCUUCUUACUUGACCUAGAAACUAGGUGUCUUGCAAACAAAGAGUUUAAGGAGUUCUUUGUUAAGCUGAAUAAUUACAUGGCCAGCUUCAAGACGGUCUCACCUGAUACGUAUUCAAUAGAGAGUAAUGAUAUAACGACUCAAGCUAUGCACCUCUUUUUAGCUUUGUCCCCAUUAGAUGGUACCAAAGCUGGAUCAUCAGAUCCGUUUAAGCUGGUUGAUGGGUUGGUGACAAUGGGAGAUGCUUUGGUUGAGAUGAAGAAGAGUGAUCCGGGUGCGAUAACGUUUGAACAAAGUAAGGAACUGACAUCGGCUAUGGUGAAAUGGGGUCGAGCAGUAGGUGAAUUCGUGAAGGCAGCUUCUUCGAAGAAAGGAGUAACUAUGGAUAUAUCAUUUGAAAACGGUGGAAAUGACCCCACAGGACAAUCAGCAAAGAGUAAAGCUUAG